CCGAUUUGUUUAGAGAGUACAUCUCUUUUUUUCAAAACCAGCAGUAGUGCCUGUUCUAAUACGAAAGUGCAAAAUGAAGGUUGCCAUUAUUGCGUUAGCUACAAUGACCAUGGUCUUGGCAGAGCCUCCAGUUCCAAGCAGCCAGUACCUUCCCUCAAACCAGUACAUUCCACCAUCAACCCAAUAUGGAGCUCCUAGCGCGCCAAAACCAUUUUCUCCUCCUUCAAGCACUUACGGUGCACCUGCACAAACAGAAGCUAUUCUGAAACCUUCAAACGCUUAUGGACCACCCAGCGACACCUACGGAGCACCUAGUUCUCAAUACGGACCACCCAGCACUCAGUAUGGACCACCCAGCACUCAGUACGGACCUCCUGGUUACGCUAAUGGAAACGGUGAUCAGUCGGCACCAGCCAACUACCAAUUCGAAUACCACGUCCAAGACGCUGCAUCUGGCAACGACUUUGGUCACGAAGAAGAGAGACAGGGGGAUGUAGCCCAAGGAAAAUACUUUGUCCUUCUUCCUGAUGGUCGUGUGCAAACCGUUGAGUACACCGCUGAUUCAGAAGGAUACAAACCAAAAGUAACCUACGAGCAAGUAGGUGGGUACCCUUCUGGAGGACCUGGAGGAUAUCCUUCAGGUGGUCCAUCCAACGGAGGAUAUCAAUAUUAGGUAAUUGAUUAUGGUCAAUUCUGAGAAAUGCUUGGUAAUUUAAGUGAAUUUUGAUGACCACGUUUCAUGUAGGGGCUUAGUAAAAAUAAUGAGGUUCGUGGUGACCAUUAAAGAGCUGUUGAGAAAAAAAGGUACAAACCAUAUGAUGAAUUCAAUUUUGAAAGGAUGGCGUUCAGAGCCACAGCAAAUUUGUCUCUCACAGACGUCCAAUAAUUAUUUUUCUGAAAGUACUGACUGGAGGAAUACAAAACUACUGUUUAUUCCUAUAUUAUUUUUGAGUACGUUUUUAACAUCAACAGCUUCAAAAUAGCAGAAUGAUCAUUUCAGUUACUCCAUAUUUCUAUAAAUUGACAACUUUUGUAUAUAUUUCACUACUACUGUUACAAAUGCACUUGUUUAGCCGUUACCUUCUAUCUUCUUCUCAAGUAACUGGUUCAUUAUUUUCAUAUGAGCUUCUGCGAUUUUUUUUAAUUUUUCACAUAAUUACCGAGAAUUUCUCAUAUAUAUGCUCAUUUGGGCCAGAAUAGCUUUAAUAUUUGUAUUAUAUGAUAUUUUACGACUUAUUAUGGAAUGACGAUGAAGAUUUGGAAAACGUUAAUGGAUAACGAUUGAUGGUAUCGUGUAAAUAGGGUAUAUUUGUAUUGAGUGCAUGCCAUAUUUAUAAUAUAUACGUAGUAAGUAGAUAAAAGAGUAUUAUAUUUUUAUACGAGACAAAGCAAUAAAUAUUUUUGAAUAGA